AUGCCGGAGGAGUCUCCUGUCUAUAAAGUGGUGGUUCUUGGCGACGGUGCCGUUGGCAAGACUGCCUUCACCCUCCAGCUGGUCUCGCAAGCCUUCGUCGGAAUAUACGAUCCAACCGUCGAAGACAAGUAUCAUAAGCAGCUCCUCGUCGAUGGCCGGCGAUGUGUGGUGGAAAUUCUAGACACCGCCGGGCAGGAAGAAUACUCGGCGUUUCGCGAAAUGUGGAUCCAGCAAAGCGAAGCAUUUAUCGUGAUGUAUAGCGUUACCUCGAGCAUGAGUUGGGAAGGGGUGAGGAGAUGGCUGCAGCAGAUCCGGGCAGUUUGCGAGCAAGUUACGAAAAAGGCAGGUCUACCACCCCCAGUGUCGCUCUCAGAGGUGACGUGCAUAGUCGGUAGCAAGACCGACGAUGUUGGAAAGCGGACCAUAAGCACGCAGGAGGGCUUUGCCCUGGCGAGGGAGCUUGGAUGCCCAUUCUUUGAAUGUUCCAACUUUAUUUACGACCAGGUCGAAGCGCCAAUAGUCGAAGUAGUACGCAAACUCGAGCUACAGAGAGCCAAAAUCAACAAGGUCGACGCCAUCAAAGCUGAGGUUGCAAAGAUGGAAGCCGCGAUCAAACCGACCACCAAAUCGCUCCACGAGUCGCUCGGUCGAUUCCUCACCCGACUUCCACAACAGGUUCUUCUGUGUCAGAUGAUGAUCCAGGCGGUGCGUUUGAACAAGACAGCAGAGGUAAGGCGACUACUGGCGAUGGGGGCAGAUCCAAAUGGCAUCGCAGGGGUUGAGAGCAGUCCUCUCUCGACUGCCGCGGCCUUGGGCUAUAAAAAGAUGGCAGCUCUACUGCUAAGCCUUGGAGCAGCCAUCAAUGCGCGUGAUGCGCGUGGGGCCACAGCUCUUGUGCUGGCCGCCUCUGAGGGCCAUUUGGCAGUCGUGAAGUUGCUAGCCGAGCAGGGUGCGCAGAUCAAUGCUCUAAGUAAUAUUCAGGGAACGCCUUUGAUCGCAGCAACGUUUCGUGGUCAUGUCAAAAUCGUCUCGUAUCUGGUUCAGCAGGGAGCAAAUAUCAAUGCCCGAGGAAGCCAAUACACGACAGCGCUUCAUACUGCCGCGGUGGUAGGCAAGGAAGGCAUGGUUGGGAUAUUUCUCGAUGCAGGUGCCGAUUCGACGAGCCGGGAUGAAGAAAAUCGCAGUGCAUUGUAUCUGGCAGCAUCUCUAGGUCAUGUUGCAGUGGUUCAGUUACUUCUGCUGCGCGGUUCCACGGCGAUCAUUAAUGAAGUCCAUUUCAAGUAUGGCAGCGCCCUGGAUGCAGCCUACGCCAGUUCGCACUUCGCCGUUGCCAAAGUGCUUCUACACUUUGGCGCAAAAGAGUCCCUCAAUCCAGCAUCUACCUUCUCGGUCGCUAUUACGAGUGGUGUGGAACACGAGGAUAUAGGCCCGGCUAGUGAUCCUUCCGGAAUAGUAACGACUUUGCUGCCUUCUUCAACUGGUAGUGUGUCGGCUCGGUCUUCCAAACCAACAUCAAGCGACUUCGCUCGUCCCAGCCACCGUGAUGGCUUUAAGAUUGCCAUCAUAUGCGCCUUGCCCCACGAAGCCGAUGCUGUCGAAGCCGUAUUCGAUUGCUGCUGGGAUGGUGACGGCGAGCAGUACGGCAAGGCCGAGGGAGAUACAAACACGUACACUAUGGGGAAGAUCGGGCGUCACCCCGUGGUUCUUGUACACAUGCCCAGCAUCGGGAAAGGCGCGGCCUCCAGUGUGGCGUCGAAUGUGCGGAAUAGCUUUAAGAAGAUCGAAUUAGCGUUGGUUGUGGGAAUAUGCGGCGCAGCUCCUCAGACUCCCAGCCACGAGGAGAUCCUCCUGGGCGAUGUCGUGAUCAGCGAUGGAAUCAUUCAAUAUGAUCUGGGCCGGCGUCUCCCUCAUAGCUUCAUCCGGAAGGAUACUCUGCUAGACAAUUUAGGUCGACCCAGUCCACGCAUCCGCGGUCACCUAGCCAAGCUUCGCGGUCGACGGAGCCAAGUGCAACUGCAAGAGGAACUUAUUCUUCAUCUCACCGAAUUGCAAGAAAGGUGGCCAGACCAAAGUCUAGAAUCUCCGGGGAUUGAACAAGACCAGCUAUUCCAAUCGACAUAUCAUCACCAGCAUCACCGGACACCGUGUUCUGUCUGUUCCGUUAACGUGAUAGAGGAUUACAAAGAUCACUUAAUAUGUCAGGAAGCCCUGCACAUGACCUGCGACGAGCUCGUUUGUGAUCCGAAGAUGACCAUCUCUCGCAUUAGACACCAAGUCGCCCUUGAUGGGAAUGGAACCAUCACGCCCCGCGUCCACUACGGACUGAUUGCUUCCGGGGAUAGUGUGAUUCGCUCCGGCGUAGAUCGAGAUAUCCUCGUCAAACGAGAUGGGGUCAUUGCCUUUGAAAUGGAAGGGGCAGGGGUCUGGGAUAAUCUACCGUGCAUUGUUAUUAAGGCCGUUUGCGAUUAUGCCGACAGCCACAAGAAUAAACACUGGCAGAAUUAUGCAGCUGUGACGGCGGCAGCUUGUACAAAAGCAUUUCUCAGGACGUGGGUAACGAAUAAUAGUAGUACGACCCUAGAAUGA